AUGUCCUAGAGGCACCUGCGCUUGCAGGUGGCUGCUGCGACCACGACAGCCACCAUGAAUAAGGAGGCUGGAGACGACGAGUUUACAGAACUCUUCAGGCUGAUCCCAGACCUCCUGGAGGCAGCCAACGCGAGCGGCAACGGGUCACUGCAACUUCAGGACUUGUGGUGGGAGCUGGGGUUGGAGCUGCCGGACGGCGCGGCGCCAGGGCAUCCUCCGGGCAGCGGCGGGGCAGAGAGUGCGGACACAGAGUCCCGGGUAAGGAUCCUCAUCAGCGCGGUGUACUGGGUGGUUUGCGCCCUGGGGCUGGCGGGCAACAUGCUGGUGCUCUACCUGAUGAAGAGCAAGCAAGGCUGGCGCAAGUCCUCCAUCAACCUCUUUGUCACCAACCUGGCGCUGACAGACUUUCAGUUCGUGCUCACUCUGCCCUUCUGGGCGGUGGAGAACGCGCUCGACUUCAAGUGGCCCUUCGGCAAGGCCAUGUGUAAAGUCGUGUCCAUUGUGACGUCCAUGAACAUGUACGCCAGCGUCUUCUUCCUCACUGCCAUGAGUGUGGCACGCUACCAUUCUGUGGCCUCGGCUCUUAAAAGCCACCGGACCCGAGGGUAUGGCCAAGGCGACUGCUGCGGUCAGAGCUUAGGAGACACCUGCUGCUUCUCACCCAAGGCACUGUGUGUGGUGAUCUGGGUUUUGGCCGUGCUGGCUUCGCUGCCCAAUGCCAUUUUCUCCACCACUAUCAGGGUAAUGGGAGAGGAGCUGUGCCUGGUGCGCUUCCCUGACAAGUUGCUGGGUGGCGACAGGCAGUUCUGGCUAGGCUUGUACCACUUGCAGAAGGUGUUACUAGGCUUCGUGCUACCGCUGGGCAUCAUCAGCCUAUGCUACCUGCUGCUGGUGCGCUUCAUAUCCGACCGGCGUGUGGUGGGAAUUGAAGGAGGGACAACGGCUGCAGGGGGAAACCUGACUUCCGCAAGCGCUCGGAGACGGUCCAAGGUCACCAGAUCAGUUACUAUCGUGGUCCUAUCUUUCUUCCUGUGUUGGCUGCCCAACCAGGCGCUCACCACUUGGAGCAUCCUCAUUAAGUUCAACGCGGUGCCCUUCAGCCAGGAGUACUUCUUGUGCCAGGUAUACGCCUUCCCCGUGAGCGUGUGCCUGGCGCACUCCAAUAGCUGCCUAAACCCCAUUCUCUACUGCCUCGUGCGCCGCGAGUUCCGAAAGGCACUCAAGAACCUGCUGUGGCGUAUAGCGUCGCCUUCGCUUACCACCAUGCGCCCCUUCACCGCCUCCACCAAGCCAGAGCCCGAGGAUCUCGGGCUGCAGGCCCUGGCGCCGGUCCAGGUGGCCACAGAGCCGGACCUGCUCUACUACCCGCCGGGCGUGGUGAUAGGCAGUGGGGGCCGCUACGACCUGCUGCCCAGCAGUUCAGCUUACUGA